CCGGAUGCUUCAGACUAACGGUACAGUCUAAAAAAGAAUGAACAGUAAAUGAAGUGAACGAAACACAAUAGUGAUGUCAACUGCACAGCCUACACCUUCAGACUCCAACAACUCAAACCAAUCCACUGAACCUAGCUCAUCUAAUACUAAUAAAGAACAAUCUAAAACUCCAACCAAAUCAACCAAGCCACUUAGUACCAGUGCUAGAAGACUUCAACGAGAACUAGCAGAAAUAACACUUGAUCCACCUCCAAAUUGCAGUGCUGGGCCUAAAGGAGACAAUCUGUAUGAAUGGGCAUCAACUAUAUUAGGUCCUAAAGGAUCAGUUUAUGAAGGAGGUGUUUUCUUUUUAGACAUUUUCUUUUCACCAGAAUAUCCAUUUAAACCACCAAAGGUUGUGUUUAGAACUAGAAUAUAUCAUUGUAAUAUAAAUAGUCAUGGUAUUAUAUGUUUAGAUAUACUAAAAGAUAACUGGAGUCCAGCCUUAACUAUAUCUAAAGUGUUAUUAUCAGUGUGUUCAUUAUUAACAGAUUGUAAUCCUAAUGACCCUCUAGUAGGCAGUAUCGCUCAGCAAUAUACAACCAGUCGAGAAGAACAUGAUAAAUUAGCUCGACAAUGGACAAAACGAUACGCUACAUAGCUCAUAAUAUUGUCAACAAAAUUUUAAGUUGUAUUUUAGCUUUUAAAACAAACUUUAUCUACAGACCAAUUUGUCAAUGUGGUAAAAAUACCUUGAGGCACAUUCAGAUGGAUUGUAUCCAUAACACUUAAGGGUAAGCAUGUUGUGACAUCAUCAUAACCUUAUCCUGUUACUUCUCAAAACUAAACAAGAAUGUGAAUUUUGUAACUCUUUUUAUAUGAUAAUAAUAUCUUGUCUGAACUAUCUGCUGCAAGACAAGUAUACCUAUAUUCUAUAUAAACAUUCUGUUCUAUUUCUGUGGUGUUUAUUUUUUUGCCUGGUUGCAUAAAAAAGGAAAAGGUAACAAAUAGAAUAUGAAUUGUCAUUUGAUAAUACAUAUGCCAGGAUUUAAAACUGUUUAUCUGAAUAGUAGAAUUAUUUUGAUUUGAUCUUAAGUGAUAAUGUCAUUGGCAUAUAUGACCUUGACAGCGUCUAAAUAUAAACUUGUCAAUGUCAUGGAAUUUCAAUGAAUGGGCAUUCAAAUUGUGUUUUUUGGCUUUAAUAUGAGUAUGGAAAAUAUAUAUUGAAUGUUCUUUCUUAGUCUUCAUAUUGAUUCUGAUUUUAAAGUGUUUGUUUCUUGUAUUGUAUGAAUGAGCUAAUGAAAGUUUUUCACUUUGUUAACCACCUGAAUAUGUGCCUACUGUGACAAGAAACAAGUUUUAUUAAAUGAAAUGGCAAUGUUGUAAUGGAAAAGCAUCUUAUUUAUUGAUAUUUUCAAUUUUCAAACAGGGGAAUUCUUGUAUCUAUGAUGAAAUAAUUUUUAAUCUACCUAUUUAUUUCUGAGCAUCCAAUGUUUUGAAUUAAUGGUUUAUGUAUAAAAUGAUUUCACCAC